CGUGUCUCGGCCUCGCCAGGGUCGGCUGGGAUUCGGGCAGGUGCAUCGGCGGCCGUCCCCUCCGCCGCAGGUGCAGCGCUCUGCAGCCCCCGGCCGGCGUGCCAUGGCUGCGGAGGACCCCCGGCCAGCGCCCGCGCCCGCCCCCUCCCUGCAGCCCGCCCCCCUGGGGCCGGGUGCGCGGCGGAGAACUGCGGUUUGCGCGCACCGGGAGCGGCAGCAGAAGUUCGAAAAUCGCCGAGGGGGGAGCCCGCGCCGCAGCUUCCUGCCCCCGGCCCAGCCCUCUGGCCCCGGCCGCCUGCAGCCCGACUUCCUCCCCGAGCCUCGCUCGCCGCCCGCUCCCUCGGACGGGGCUGCCGCGAUGGGACGCCGCACCCCAGUCCCUGCGCGCUGCUGAGCCCAGAGACGCAGCCCAACCCUGUCACCUGCCACUGCCCUUCGCCCCCGGCUCCGGGAGCCUAGUCCGCGACCCCUUGGGAAAACUGGAUCUCCGAGGCUGGAGGCGCCUGGCCGGCUGGGUGGGGACCACCAUGGGCAACGCGGCCGGCAGCGCCGAGCAACCCGCGGGCCCCACCGCGUCGCCCCCGAAGCAGCCAGCCGCCCCCAAGCAACCGAUGCCGGCGGCCGGGGAGCUGGAGGAGAGGUUCACGCGGGUCUUGAACUGUAUGAACUUGCCUCCAGACAAGGUCCAGCUGCUGAGCCAGUAUGACAAUGAGAAGAAGUGGGAACUCAUCUGUGACCAGGAGCGGUUUCAAGUCAAGAAUCCCCCUGCAGCCUACAUUCAGAAGCUGAAGAGCUAUUUGGAUACUGGUGGGGUCAGCCGAAAGGUAGCAGCUGAUUGGAUGUCCAAUCUGGGGUUUAAGAGGCGAGUUCAGGAGUCUACCCAGGUGCUGCGGGAGCUGGAGACUUCCCUGAGGACAAACCACAUUGGGUGGGUGCAGGAGUUCCUCAAUGAAGAGAACCGUGGUCUGGAUGUCCUGCUUGAGUACCUGGCCUUCGCUCAAUGCUCUGUGGCAUAUGACAUGGAAAGUACAGACAAUGUGGCUGCUAGUGCAGAGAAGAACAAGCCUCUGGAACAAUCUGUGGAAGACCUCACCAAGGCACCACCCUCAUCUGUGCCCAAAAGUCGCCUGACCAUCAAGUGCCCCCCUUCUCCCCGGCUGACACCGGCCCACAGUAGGAAGACCCUGAGGAAUUCCCGCAUCGUCAGCCAGAAGGACGAUGUCCACGUGUGCAUUAUGUGUCUCAGAGCCAUCAUGAACUACCAGUCCGGCUUCAGCCUUGUUAUGAACCACCCAGCCUGUGUCAAUGAGAUCGCUCUUAGCCUUAACAACAAGAACCCCAGAACCAAGGCUCUGGUGCUGGAGCUGCUGGCAGCUGUGUGCCUGGUGCGGGGAGGACACGACAUCAUUCUUGCAGCUUUUGACAACUUCAAGGAGGUGUGUGGGGAGCAGCACCGCUUUGAAAAGCUGAUGGAAUAUUUCCGGAAUGAAGACAGCAACAUUGACUUCAUGGUGGCUUGCAUGCAGUUCAUCAACAUUGUGGUACACUCAGUGGAGAACAUGAACUUCCGUGUCUUCUUGCAAUAUGAAUUCACCCACCUGGGUCUGGACCUGUACUUGGAGAGGCUCCGGCUGACAGAGAGUGACAAGCUGCAGGUGCAGAUCCAAGCGUACCUGGACAACGUUUUUGAUGUGGGAACCCUGUUGGAGGACACAGAGACUAAGAAUGCAGUCCUGGAGCACAUGGAGGAGCUGCAGGAGCAGGUGGCACUGCUGACAGAGCGGCUUCGGGACGCAGAGAACGACUCCAUGGCCAAGAUCGCUGAACUGGAGAAGCAGCUAAGCCAGGCGCGCAAGGAAUUGGAGACCCUGAGGGAGCGUUUCAGCGAGUCGACCCCCAUGGGCACGGCCAGACGAAUCCCUGAGCCUGAGAAAGUGCCUGCCCCUACCAUGGUACGACCCUCAGCUCUAGAGCUAAAAGUGGAGGAGCUUGAGGAAAAGGGGUUAAUCCGAAUCCUGAGGGGGCCCGGGGAUGUCGUCUCCAUCGAGAUCCUCCCAGGAGCGGUGGCGACACCAAGUGGCGACAAUGCACCAACUCCAGGGGUGCCCACAGACUCUCCUAGCCCAGCAGAGUCAGUUCCCGGGGCAGCGUCACCACCGCCGCCGCCGCCGCCACCGCCGCCACCACCGCCGCCACCCCCACUACCUAACCUCCAGUCCCAGCAGGAAGCCCUUUCCUCUGCACCCCCGCUGGCCCCGCCUCUCCCAGGCUGCGCAGAGCCUCCACCUGCACCGCCGUUGCCUGGAGACCUGCCGCCCCCACCCCCACCACCCCCACUUGGUACUGAUGGACCAGUGCCACCGCCACCCCCACCACCUCCGGGAGGGCCCCCUGAUAUCCUGGGAGAGCAAGGCCCAGAGAUAGGCCCUGGAGUGAAGACCAAGAAACCCAUCCAGACCAAGUUCCGGAUGCCAUUGCUGAACUGGGUGGCACUGAAACCUAGUCAGAUCACAGGCACUGUCUUCACUGAGCUCAACGAUGAGAAGGUGUUACAGGAGCUAGAUAUGAAUGACUUUGAGGAGCAGUUCAAGACCAAAUCUCAAGGCCCCAGCCUGGACCUCAGCACUCUGAAGGGGAAGGCGGCCCACAAAGCCCCCACCAAGGCAAUACUCAUUGAGGCCAACCGGGCCAAGAAUUUGGCCAUCACCCUGCGCAAGGGCAACCUAGGGGCAGACAGAAUCUGCCAGGCCAUUGAGACCUAUGACCUACAGACUCUGAGCCUGGAUUUCUUGGAGCUGUUGACUCGCUUCCUGCCCACAGAGUACGAGCGCAGCCUCAUAGCCCGCUUCGAGAAGGAACAGCGGCCGAUGGAGGAGCUGUCAGAGGAGGACCGAUUCAUGCUGCGCUUCAGUCACAUCCAGAGACUGCCGGAGCGCAUGAACACGCUCACCUUCCUGGGCAACUUUCCAGACACUGCUCAGCUGCUCAUGCCGCAACUGAACGCCAUCAUUGCAGCCUCAAUGUCCAUCAAGUCCUCUGACAAGCUCCGCCAGAUCCUGGAGAUUGUCCUGGCUUUUGGCAACUACAUGAACAGCAGUAAACGCGGGGCAGCCUAUGGCUUCCGACUUCAGAGUCUGGAUGCGUUGUUGGAGAUGAAGUCGACCGAUCGAAAACAGACAUUACUGCACUACUUGGUGAAGGUCAUUGCUGAGAAGUACCCACAGCUCACGGGCUUUCAUAGUGACCUGCACUUCUUGGACAAGGCAGGCUCAGUGUCCCUGGAUAGCGUCUUGGGGGAUGUGCGCUCCCUGCAGCGAGGCCUGGAGUUGACCCAGCGAGAGUUUGUGCGGCAGGAUGACUGUGUGGUGCUCAAGGAGUUCCUGAGGGCCAACUCCCCUACCAUGGACAAGCUUCUGGCAGACAGCAAGACGGCUCAGGAGGCCUACGAGUCGGUAGUGGAGUACUUUGGAGAAAAUCCCAAGACCACAUCCCCCUCCAUGUUUUUUUCCCUCUUCAGUCGAUUCACCAAGGCCUACAAGAAAGCAGAGCAAGAGGUGGAGCAGUGGAAGAGAGAAGCAGCAGCGGAUACGGAUACUGCAGGCAGGGAAGAGCCUCCGGCACCCAAGUCUCCGCCCAAGGCCAGACGACAACAGAUGGACCUCAUCUCUGAGCUGAAACGGAAGCAGCAGAAAGAGCCACUCAUCUACGAGAGUGACAGGGAUGGGGCCAUCGAAGACAUCAUCACAGUGCUCAAGACAGUGCCCUUCACCGCCCGCACCGGCAAGCGGACAUCCCGGCUCCUCUGUGAGGCCAGCCUGGGAGAGGAGAUGCCCCUCUAGUUCCCAGAUCUUCGAAACCAGCCCUAUAUCCGUGCAGACACAGGUCGCCGAAGUGCUCGCCGGCGACCCCCGGGACCCCCCUUGCAGGUCACUGCUGACCUCUCGCUGUAGCCACUGUUUCCGCUGGUGGAUUUUGUAGGGCUGUAGGCAGGCUGGAGCUCAAGGAAGGUGGUCCUUAGCUCGGCUGGGUCGAGCAUCCGCUCCUCUGGCCGACUACAAGCCUUGAAGCCCCUCACCCCACCAGUUCACAGCACCCUCUCCCUCCAAUAGCCAUACUUAGCCUGAGCGCGAGCCUGGUCUGUAACUUAUAAAGUGUACCUCGCCGCCGCCCUAGCCCAGAGGAUUCUUCUUGGGCCUUAUUUUUAUACAAGAUUAAUAAAGAUGUUUGCAAAAGA